CAGCAUCGAUAGAUGACACAGUAGAUCCAGCGACGUGUAGUUCGUAGUCAGACGUACCAGUCAGACUUGGUCGCGUGCUUUAACUCUCCGACUACUUACCAUUCCGCAUUAUUUCGAGACUUCGAAUCGAACUUCGAGGUUAUCGCUUCGAGACUUCGACUCGAAUCGAGAGACGAAGUCGGCUUUUAAUUUUCAUUCAGCUCGGCCGACGGAGGGUUAAAGAGUGUAAGUAGUAGUUUGGUUAUUGCUUAACUUAAAAAGUUAUCAGUGCAACAUUUAACAAUGGGAAAAGUCUGCUGUGUAUGUGGAAAAGAAGAGAGUUCUUAUAAAUGUCCUGUAUGCAAAGAACCGUACUGUUCGAUAGAUUGUUGUAAAAGUCAUAAAACGAAGAAUUGUGAGUUGUCAAAACCUCAGGAGAAGAAUGCCAUAGAAGACGUAAAAGGUGCUGUGAAAUAUGACUUUCCAACAGAGGACACAGUUCCAAUUGAGAAACUAAGACAGUUACGUGAUAGUGAAGAUUUGAAAGAUUGUUUAAAAAAUCCACAUGUGCGAAAUAUUAUGCGUGGAAUUUUAGCUGACAAAAAUCCAACGAAAGCGAUUGCUUCAGCUAUGACCGAGCCAAUAUUUGUUGAAAUGGCAGAUGCGUGUUUAAAAGUUGUCGAAUCUCAAUAAAUGAUCAUUUUUAUUUUUAUUUAAACAUGUAAGACAAUUAUAAUAAAGUAUUUCUACAUUUUCA